AUGGCUUUGGCAUCGAAGAAGGUCCCACCAAGAUAUGCUGUGUCAGACUGGCACACUUCAAACAAGAUUUUGAGAACAAAUGCAGAGCGACUUAGGAAUGCUUCGCAUGACGUGAGACAAGAGGCAAGAAGGCUUCGCAAUGAAACUGAUAACCACACAAGAUGGACCCAACAUGACAGUAACACAAAGCUUGAAAAGAGGAUCGACGAUAUAAACGAGUGGAGAGAAGCUUUAGAGCGAUGUCUUGAUGAUACACAAAGGGAGAUUACUGCACUUCAAGCUGAGAAAGAGAAAACUGAAAGAGCUCUUGAUGCUAAGAAACUGCCACUGAAUGUGGCAAUUGAAUGUUUGAUGCUCCGAGAAAACAGAGAUGGAAUCGAUUUAGUGAGAGAUGAGGUCGAAGAACAGCUCCACAAGGAAGUGGAAGUGAUUGAGGGAAUAAAAGCUUUGCUUCAGCAAAAGAUAACAGAAGCUUUUGAACAGUUAUGCUUGCUUGAAGAAGCAUACCAUCAGAUGCACUGUGAUGUCACUGAUAAACAUGUUGCACUUGAGAUUGAUAAUCAUUGUGCAGGGCUGCACAAUGGCUCAGCAGAUAUUGAUUUUCAAGUGAACCCAACACGCAUCAUGAAGGGUGUUGUCACUCCUGAAACGUGGGAUGCCCAUUCACAGUACAACAAACUCAGGGCUGAGGCAGAAAUGAAAGCAGCAGAGAGACUGAGAGAAGCUAUAUUUGCAACCCUGGAGAAAACAAAGAAUGAUUUGGAAGCCCAGAGAAGGGCCACUGAAUACAGCUAUAGGAAAAGAAUGCAUGAAACAAAGCAAGCCAAAAAUGAACUUGAAUGGCAGCAAAGAAACACCAAAGAAGAAAUAGCUGUUUUGCUUGAUGAUAUCAGGGGACUCAGGGAAUCAAUAGAAGCAAAGAUGGCACCCAUGAAGGUAGCACAAACAAGACUUGAAAACCGAACUCGACGACCAAAUGUUGAACUUUGUAGGGAUAUCCCACAGUAUCAGCUUUGCUAUGAAGUGGCAGAAAUUGACGGGUCUAUCAAGGCAUUGGUUGAAAAACUCCAGACAGCAGAAAGUGCCCUGGAGAGUCUUGAGAGAGAUCUGGCAAGGAUUGAGGAAGAUCUAGCUAUUAAGACUAAAUCAUUAGCACUGGAUAAUAGAUGUAUGGAUAUAAGAAAGAACUUAACAGACCCUGACUUCAUACCAGAUCGAAGUGUUGAAGAGGUCACCCAAGCCCUUUCAAGGUUAAGCCCUGGAGCAGAUAGAGCAUCGCCAUUAGGUGAAGUUAUUGAUAAAGACACAGUUGAAUUUCGUAAUGCAGUGGCCAGCCCUAAGUUGCAAGAAACAUACAAUUACUCUGACAUUGGCAGAACAAAGAUCAUUUCUCCAAAACCUGGAAGCAAGCUCAGUGGUGGAGAUUUGCUUGAGACAACAUAUAAUGCUUCAUAUGAGAUUGGAAGUAAUAAUUUGCGUUCUGGUGACCUGGCAAGAACACUUGGGAGGUCUGGCCAGCAAACUGUAAGAAGACAGAAGGAGCUUCUCAUUGACUAGACAACAACUAUUUUUUAAGGAUACUACAUUACCUUGUUUUAAAUUUUUGUAAGCAAGUUACAGACUGUGUGGUAUGUAAAUAUUAAAAUUUCAGGAUAUUAAAAAUUCAGUCAAUGUUAAAAUUGUCAAACUUUAA